GAAUUCUACGGAUCUACCAUAACAACAAAGUCCCUAAACCAGACUAUACUAGAAAAAACACUGCUCCCCAACCAACCACCUCCCUCCCUACACAACCGUCUGCGUCACAGUCUGCGUCUCCGUCACCGUACUCGGCUCCACCGCCUGCGUGACGGUAACCGUCACCGCCUCGCCCUCGCCAUACCCAUUCGACGCCCUGACCGCCCUGGUCCACCUGACCCCCUCAACCACCUCCUCGCGCCGCCCGUCCGUCACAGCCCCGACAUUCACCGGCCGGCUGAACAACUCGCACACGCCGACCUCCAGCACGUGCGUGCACGACGCACACGAUGUCUGCCGCUGCACCGAGACCGCGAAGCCGCGGCACACGGGCUCGUGGGCGCAUUCCUCGGCACACGCGGCCGCGCUGUAGGUGCGUGUCAGGCGGCGCUUGUACGGCAGCUGGGUGGUGGAGGCGUUGGCGUUGGACCACAGAAGCGUAUAGGGCGCGGGGACGGGCUGGUCGAGGGCGAGCGAGGAGUAUGCGGGCGAGGACUCGAAGGCGGACAGCGUGGCGUCGAGGUCUGGCGGGGACUCCGGGACGGGGUUCAUGUUCUCGUCGUAGUCGGAGUAUUCGUCUGUGUCCGAGUCGGAGGCGGGGUAGGAGGGGACAGGCGGGAGGGAGGCGGAGGGCGAGGGCGAGGAGGAGGCGGGGGGAGACGGGGCCGCGGAGGAAGCCGAGGAGGAGGCGGCGGCGGCGGCAACGGCGCGCAUUGCGCGGCGGAGCGGGAUGAGGGUGGGGAGGUUGGGCGGGGCGUCGGGGACGGCAGCGCGGAGGGGCUCGAGGAAGGGGGCCAGGGCGGGGUUCGCGAGGGGCUUUGCGCGGUCGUGGGGCGCGGUGACGGGCUUGCCGACGCCGCCGGGGCCGCCGGGCGGGAAGUCGGGCUUCCAGGAGGCCUCGGGGGAGCCGGGCCGCGGCGGGACGGUCUGGCUGGCGGUGGGCGCCUGGAUGGGCCCCGUUUCGCCCGCAAUGGGCCCGUCUUCGAUGCCGCCGAAGUUCAUCAGCGGCGCGUAGGGGAAGCCGGGGCCGUAACUCCUGUCGUGGCCGCUGAGAUCCACGCCGCCGCCGCUGAGCUUCGUGCCGCGGGGGACGUUCUCGGGGGCCACUCGGGUGGGGGCGGGGGCUGCGGCGGCGAGGCCGGCCAGGGCCAGGAGGAAGACGAGCUUCAUGGUGGUGGUGGUGGAGCGGUGGUGGUGUAGUUGGGUGACUACAAUGGUGCCGACGGGGAGAGUCGGGGACUGGUGGUGGGCGGUGUGUGGUGGGCGGUGGUGUGGUAGGCUGGUGGCUACAGUUGUGCUGGACAAGUCAGGGGCUGGUACCGUUGGUGGGUGGUAGGCUGGCUCCUACAAUUGCACUGGACAAGCCGGAGACAGUAACCGGUAUUGGUAUGUGAUAGGCCGGUGGCUACAAUUGUGCAGUGCUGUAUCAGGCACGACUAGUGCAGGAACCUAGUUGGUGACAAGGGCAGACUGGAGACCACAGGAGUUGCUGAUGACUGAAGAAGACUCUUACACAGACUCUUACAGAGGGAGGCAGCCGGUCCUUAUAUAGAUUUUCCACGCAGGCCGCUGGAUCCGUGAUCCAGGUACGCAACAUCUGAACCAGUUGCGGAGGUAUUGGAUUGGAAAAGUCAGUCUGUAAAAAUCAC